AGCGGCGAGCAAGAGCAGAGACUUAUAGACAUACGCUUGCACAAUACAGCGCUCUACGAAACCAUGAUUGCACGUGCUUUCGUCCUACUGCUUGCUGUGCAAGCCGUGGUGUUACUGGCACAGGGGAAGUCUUGUCGGCAUCGUCUAGCGGAUCACAUCCGGGGUGUCGACAAAUGGACAUUUGAUCCUCCGAAAAACAUCUACGGAAAUGGAACCAGUUCCCAGUCCCCUGCCUGGAUCUGGGCCAACAAUGACAUCGAGGCUGGCAUCAACAAGCAGAUCAAUCGCGAGCUGUUUGCGCACUAUACAUACUUGUCAAUGGCUGCUCAUUUUGGUCGCGACGACAUCCAUCUCCCAGGGUUCGCUGCGUUCUUCAAGAAAGCUGCAGAGGAGGAGUACACGCAUGCGCACAUGUUCAUGGAGUUUUUGAAUAAGCGAGGAGGCCGCGUUAAGCUCCACCAUAUCAUGAAACCGUGCCGCGACCACUGGGGUAAUGGACUAAUGGCAAUGAGGGACGCGCUUUACCUAGAGAAGGAGAUCAACCACGCCCUACUCGAUCUACACCAGGUGGCGGACACGAACCGUGACCCACAGGCGUUCCAUUUCGAUCGUGAUGAUGUGGCUCUUCCAGGAUUCCACAAGUACUUUCUUAAGGCGUCCCAUGAGGAACGCGAACACGCCGAAAAGCUGAUGAAGUUCCAGAACGAGCGUGGAGGCCGUAUUGUGCUUCAAGACAUCAAGAAGCCUGAGAAAGAUGAGUGGGGCUGUGGCAUGGACUCCAUCCAGGUUGCUCUAGACCUUGAGAAGCAUGUCAACCAGGCCCUCCUGGACUUGCACAAGAUUGCUGAGAAGCACGGCGAUGCUCAGAUGACCGACUUCAUUGAGGGUAAUUUCCUGACUGAGCAAGUUGAGGCCAUCAAGGAGCUUGCUGGUCACCUUACAAACCUGAAGCGUGUUGGACCUGGCCUGGGAGAGUACCAGUAUGACCACGAGACAAUUGGCGGCGACUAGACACUUUGUGUACUUUGUUGUGUGUUAAAGCCCUCAUAGAUAUGUAAAGUUGUCCAAGGACUAGACUUAAUAAAAAUGCUUUCUGCA